CCUGCUGCUUGAUGCUGGCCGCCAAUUUGAAUGCAGGCGAGUUUCAUCAGUGAUAGUGGGGCGGUGUGGAUGGGUGGAGAGAGAGGAAGAAGAGGAGGGAGGGAGAAGAAGAGGGGCUUAUGUUUGGGAUUGGAUCUAAAUAUGGGGGGAGUGAAGAGAGGGGCCCGGAUCCAGAUCGUGACCCGGCCUCCCCAUCGGUACAGUGGAGGGGAACGUUUUUAUAAUGAUAAGAUAUUACAAACUAAUGGAAGUGUUGCAGGGAAUAAAACAACAGAAGAAAUCAAUGACAGUAAAAACAAAAGCAGUGAUGGAGACGAGGUGCCGAGUGGACCCUGCUGUGCGCCGGGGGAAGGGAGACCCGCGUUUUGGAUGUAUUCACAGAGAGAGAAAGACAGAGAAACUACGAGAGACCGACCCUCCUCCUCCUCCUCCUCCUCCCCUCUUCCUCACCCUGAGAAAGGUAAUGCACGGCCUGAGAUGUGUGAGAGGAUGGGUCUGACGUCAAACCCAAAUCACCCUUUAAAUUGCAUUUUGCGUGAGGCUGCUCGGAGCUGGAGAGCAGGAGUUGUGUCUCUGCGCACACUUCUGCUGCUGAAUAUUCUCUCUCUUCUUUCUUCUUCUUAUUUCCAGUCAUUGUGA